GGUACGGAAUGCCGGCGAGCGGCGCAUGCGCGGGAUAGCGGGAGCCGGAGGAUUUGCAUCACACAAGCGAAAUACCGUAUAGCAUCGCUUGUACUGUAUUUCGGGCGUCUCCAGCACGUAGCGCUACACCAGCGGCAUAUUACCUCAGUAUCGGACAAAUGUCAACAGCUGGAGCAGCGAGUGUCUUGCAGAACUGAAGCUGCUACAUCUGGAAGACAUGGGCUCCUGAUUUCCUCCUGGCAGGGAUACUGCUUUACGCUGACAUUUCUGUUGCCCCUUGGCUUCAGUCCCUGAGCAUCUAGUUUCACAGUUCCCGUACAGGACAUUAUGACUGUGUCCAACCUGGCUGAAUUCCCACAGCAGGGUACAGGCAUGGCCACUGGAGCACCUGCGGCUACCAUUCCCGGGACUGCAAUCUCCGCCAGCCCUAAUUAUUCCAGGACUCCAGAAGAGCAGCCCUUUGCCAUGGAGCAGCCCAUGUUUCUUAUGACGACCACUGCUCAGGCUAUAUCGGGAUUCUUUGUCUGGACCGCUCUGCUCAUCACUGGCCACCAGAUAUAUAUGCAUCUACGAUCCUACAGUUGCCCUAAUGAGCAGAGACACAUUGUACGGAUCCUCUUCAUUGUCCCGAUAUACGCCUUCGACUCCUGGCUCAGUCUCUUGUUCUUUACUAAUGACCAGUACUAUGUAUACUUUGACACAGUCAGGGAUUGCUAUGAAGCUUUUGUCAUCUACAACUUCUUAAGCCUUUGUUAUGAAUACCUUGGUGGUGAGAGCAACAUAAUGACUGAAAUCAGAGGAAAGACUAUCGAGUCCAGCUGUAUGUAUGGAACAUGCUGUCUGUGGGGAAAGACCUAUUCCAUCGGCUUCUUACGCUUCUGUAAACAGGCUACACUGCAGUUCUGCGUGGUGAAACCCCUAAUGGCAGCUAUAACAGUGAUACUCCAAGCUUUCGGGAAGUACAAGGAUGGUGACUUUAACGUUGCGAGUGGGUACCUGUACGUGACCAUUAUUUACAACAUCUCUGUCAGCCUUGCAUUAUAUGCACUCUUCUUGUUCUAUUUUGCCACAAGAGAACUACUCAGUCCUUACAGCCCCGUGCUCAAGUUCUUCAUGGUGAAGUCUGUCAUUUUCCUGUCUUUCUGGCAAGGGAUGUUAUUGGCUAUACUAGAAAAGUGUGGUGCUAUCCCCAAAAUUAACUCUGCCGAAGUGACGGUCGGAGAGGGGACCGUGGCUGCAGGGUAUCAGAAUUUCAUUAUCUGCGUGGAGAUGUUCUUUGCAGCCAUUGCCCUCCGUUAUGCAUUUACAUACAAGGUUUACUUAGACAAGCGAUUAGAUGCCCAUGCUGCUCCAACUUAUGGACCCUAUGGCCGCUGUGCACCCAUGAAGAGCAUUUCAAGCAGCCUGAAGGAGACCAUGAACCCUCAUGACAUCGUACAAGAUGCUAUCCACAACUUCUCUCCGGCUUACCAGCAGUACACUCAGCAGUCUACCUUGGAGCAGGGCACCACUUGGCGCAACGGGCAAAUUAUUUCCCGCUCACAGAGUCUCUCAGGAGCCCGGGACACAGAGAAAACCCUGCUCCUGAGCUCUGAUGAUGAGUUCUGAUUGAUAAUAGGAGAAACGGCCUGAAGGCCCUGUCGGAGGAGGGACAAGCAAUCUAUCGCUUGUAGCUUGGCUAAAUGUUUUCUUUUUCUCCUUCAGAAGGCUUUUUCCUAAUCUAUGUAUGUGCUUACAAGACCCGUAUGCACAUA